ACUCAUGGGUCGAACAACGGUUCGCUCAAAUAUGAUAUUAUCAUCUAUUUCGAAUCGUCAAUUUAUUAAUUUAUAAAAAAUAAAUAAAAUCAGUAAAAAGUUGAGAAUGAAGUAAAAAGGGUAAACUAUCCAAUUAUAUAUCUUGAUAGGGAUCAUUGAUUUGGGGAUUUCAUUGAUUUUCAAGGGUUGAUUUUUUUAAUAUAGUUAUGGGUGAUGGAGAUACAAAUUUGUGUCUAACUCUUCCUAUUAUCUUCAAAAAUUUAUCCUUUGAAUUUCAUAAAAUAAAAAAAGAAUGAAAAGAUAUUUCACAUAUUAUUAUUUUAAAAAUUAAUUAUUUAAGAAAAAACCUCAAUUAAUACCAUCAAUUCUACAAAUAAUUUUCAAUUAUUAUGAGAACAUCAGUUCUUUCUUGAUAAAUUUAAAAAUACAAUAAUGUAUAUAUUGAAUUUUUGUACACGCAUUCGGGUCAAAUGGGUUAUUCGGGUUAUUCAAGUUGGGUUCGGUUCGGCUUCGGGUUAUUUGGGUUAUGAAUCAUUCGGGUUAUAGAUAGGUCGGGUUAUGGGUUGGAUCGGAUAAUGAUUUCAUCGAGUUAUGGGUUGAUCGGAUUACGGGUCAAUUGGUUUCGGGUUACGGGCGGGCUUCGGGUGGUUGACUUUUUGUCAAAUCGGAUUACAGACGGGUUGUGGGUCGGGUGGGUUGGGUGGGUUAGUCGGAUAUGGUUCAAUUUUGAGAGCUCUAGUUGCGAAGGGCUUCACUCAGCAUCCGGACAUUGAUUUUCAUGAGACCUGUAGUCCAGUGCUAAAACCGGUCACCAUUCGUACUGUCUUCACCAUUGCUCUCUCCCAUCAGUGGCCUAUCUUGCAAUUUGAUGUCAACAAUGCUUUCCUACAGGGUUCUUUGCAGGAGACUGCAUACAUGUCGCAGCCUCCUGGCUUUCGCGAUAUUGCUCAUCCUGAUUAUGUUUUUUGUCUCUCUCGGGCGAUUAAUUGUCUUCGCCAAGCUCCCCGAUCCUGGUACAUGGAGUUGUCCCGGUUUCUCGAGCACGAUGGAUUUGUCAAACUCAAGUCUGACGCUUCCUUAUUUAUCUAUAAUCAUCGGGAUGCCACUCUAUAUUUUCUCAUCUACAUGGAUGAUUUUCUUUUGACAGGCAAUCAUGGGCUGAUUCUCACUCCAUUUCAAUCUCAGCUAGCUUCUCGCUUCUCUCUCAAGAGUCUUGGUUCAGUGCACUAUUUCCUAAGGGAUUGAAGUUCGUCCCAUAGAUGCUGGAUAUAUCAUUUCCCAACACAAGUAUGUGUUGGAUUUACUUCAACGUUUUGGCAUGCAUGGCUCUCAAUCCGCGUCGACCCCUCUUUCCUCAAUGGCAAAGCUUUGCCUUGUUGAUGUCUCUCCCCUGACCGAUUCCACUAUGUAGAAGCAAGCUCUUGGAUCCUUACAAUAUCUCCUAUGCAUCGGCCCAGACAUUGCUUUCGCCGUCAACAAACUGUCUCAGUUUAUGCAUGUCACCAUUGGCAACAUGUCAAGCGCCUUCUCCGUUAUCAAAAAGGUACUCCCUCUCACAGUCUUCAAAUCGCUCCAGCGACGUCUACUGAUCUUAUUGCCUUUGCUGACUCGGACUGGGCUGGUGAUUCCGAUGAUCGCACCUCUAUCAUGGCUUUUCUCAUCUACUACUCAUGGAAAUCGAAUAAGCAGCACUCCGUUGCCUGCUCCAGUAUGGAGGCUGAAUAUCGUGCUCUUGCUCAUGCUACAUCUGACCUAUUGUGGGUCCAAAGUCUUCUUCGUGAGCUUCAUCGUCCCACCUCUUCUCCGCCAGUUCUCUAUUGUGACAACCUUAGUGUGGUCAACUUCGCCUGCAAUCCCAUCCAUCAUUCCCGCAUGAAGCACUUGGCGCUCGAUUACCUUUUCGUACGUGAUCUUGCCCAAGCUACAGCUCUUCAUGUUCGCCACAUACCUACGACUCAUCAAUUGGCGGAUUCUCUCACCAAGCUGCUCCCAAUCACUCGCUUCCAGCUUCUUCGGUCCAAGAUCGGUGUUGUACCCGCCACCGUCUUGCGGGUACGUGAUAAGGAUACUACUUUAGUUUAAUUUAUUUAUUUAAUUAUUGUCAUUAGUGGUUAUGUUGUUCCCCUUUUGCAUUGGGUCUUUGAAACAGUUCGAAUCAUUUUGAUAAUAAUUAGUUUGAGCUGUUUUACCGAGAAGGUCUACGGUUCGAGCCCGUAUAGCCCUAAAAAAAUGAAAAGAAAAUAAAAAAAUUCGA